AUGAAAACCGCUGAAGACUACAACAGGGACGCGUUUUAUGAUGAACUCAAUAUCUCAAAUGUUGAUAUCCAAGACACCAAGCGAGCAUGCGGCAGUUCGAAGCGCACGUCGGAUAACGAUGACCGCCCAGCUCUUCUCAGCUUAAAGAUAGGGUUCCUGAAAGGAAGUCGAGCAGUUCAACCUCAACCGAAGAUCGAAAUGGCAGGUCUGAAAGAUGAAGAAUGCAGAACGAAAUUCCGCCAACGUGUGUAUAUUCAUGUAUUAGCACGAACCAGGAAGAAGCUAAGAGAUGCGGAAUCCUUCACAAAGUGCACCCAGGACGUGGCAAAUGAAACGCUGCCUGGUCUAUUGCCGCGGGAGAAGUUUCCCUUUGAACCUGCGAAAACAUAA